AUGAACUAUAACAAUAGCAGCAACUCCAAUACCAAGCGUUAAAAUAAGAAGAAUAAAGCUUUAAAGAAAUACAAUAUCUUAGGUUAGGAAGAUAAAUAACAGAUCUUAGAGAGUUUACAAAAGGACUCUUCUCUUGAGAUGUAUUAAGUCUUAAGUGAAAAAUAUAAUACUUCAAUUAAAAACUUAAGAAGAUGGUAUUAAGAUGGAAUAGCUCGUAAACCUGGAUGUGGAAGAAAGAAACUUAAUACAAAAGCAGAAGAAGAAUUAAGAUAAUGGAUUAUAAAGGAGAGUGUGGAAUUGAGAAGAAGAGUUAGAAGAUCUUAGUUAAAAUAAAAAGCUAUAGAAUUAUUUAGUAUUCCAAAUUUUAAAGCUAGUAAGGCUUGGUAGGAUGAAUUUAUCAGAAAUUUUGAUAUCAAAUAUUAGGUUAAUGAAAUAUUAUACAAUAAAGGAAUUUUAAAUUAAUUGUAAAAAGUAAAAUUUGAAGAGUAAAGAAGGAAGAGGCAAUAAUAAUCAGUUGAUUAAAAAUCAGAAAAAUAGGAAUAACUUUAAUAAAUCUUUUCAUAAUAAGCUACAGAAAUACCAUAAUCAAAAUUAGAAGUAUUAAAUAUACAACCAAAAGUAUCUGAUUUCAAAUUAGAAGAUUGGUCUUUCGAAAAAUAAGAAGAGAUUAAAGAUUAUUUAUCAGAAGUAUUUUCUCCAAAAUUAGAAUUCUUUAAUGAUGAAAAGUCAAAUUAGUAUUUUGAUGAUUAUUAUCUAGUUCUUAAUUAUUGUCAAAUUUACAAUAAAAAAUUCUAGAUAACUAAUUAUUUUAUUUUCAUAUAAUUAUUUAAGUAUUAUUAUUAAAUAUAACAACCAAUUAAAUGGAGAAGGAUUGUAAAUAUUAGAAAUAUCUAUUUAGUUUUUAAAUAAACAGCAUCAAACUUUUGUUAAAACCCUAACAUAAAGAAUCCUGAUCAAUUUCCAUAAGUUAUGGAAUAAUUCGAUCGAAAGUAUUACUUUUAUUUCAUUUCAUAGUGUUUGCUAGAACCUUGGCUAAGCAUAUCCCUAAAUACCAACUUAUUAGUAAUAAUAAUUGAAUAUCCCAUAAUAAAAUUCCUUGCUUGAUCAUUUUUCUCGUCAGACUCUAUUUGCAGAUUAGGGGUAGUGAAACAAUUUUAUUUAGAUAAUUGCUCUAAUAUUCAUAAACAUUAGAGAAUGCAAAGAUUCAAUAGGAAAAUAAUAAGCCCAUAUAAUAAAAGCAUUUAUUGAUGGAUCAUAUGUUAGGGAGUUAAUUUGUUCCUGUUCCUAAUAAUUAUUUAGAUUUUAAUGUUAAUUCAAAUUAGUUAGGUCAAAUAAUUAAAUAGCCAACAUAUUUCAAAGACCCUCAUGAUGUCAGUGAAUUUUAAAAGAGAUAAAUUUAAUAUCUAUAAGCAAUAAAUGAUCCUUCUCCUCCUGAAUAAGUUAAAUUAUUUAAAUAAAAUAUACAAUAAUUAGGUGGCAUUGAAGAUACUAUUGGGAGUAAGUUUUAUUUUAAUAUUAGACAUGUAAUAAACAUUAAAUCAAUAUGAAAUUAAACAUUUGAAUAACAAGAAUAUUAAAUAUUAUCCAUUAUCAUCUCCUCCAUUGACUUAGGAACAAAUUGAAUAUUAGAAGUCUAUUUCCAGUAAUAAUUUAUUAUAUUAUUAGGUAAUCCUCACCCAUUUCUAUAUAAUCCAGCAGAUGAUAAGGAUAGAUUUGUUUAUGGGCCUUUGAAACCAGCUUAAAACAUUUUAGAAUAAUAAUAAACUCAUUAAUCUUAGUUUUAUUGUAUUUAUAAAUAUUUGAUUAGAAACAUUACGUUAACAAUACAAUCAGGAUUUAAAUUAGAUGUAAGAAAGAACUCAUCCUUUAUAAUCAUAAUAAUAAGAAUAAAUAUAUUAAUAGUAAAAUUGUUAACCAUACUAUUUUGAUUCUAUAGAGUAAUCAAAAAGAUUGAGAAUGAUGAAAUAGCAAUAAUUAUAAUCAAAGCGUUGA